AUGGAAUUUUUUUGUAGACUGGUCACCUCGUUGAGGGAAAUGAAAGCCGAUCGAAUAGGUGCGUUUUUUUUUGGGGGAUUUUGGGGAGAAAAAGGUCAGAGAGAUCAAAAUUUUCGAUUUUUUGAUACCAAACAAGGUCUAGAGCUUAAAAAUCAUGAAAACUCGAUUUUUGAGGUCAAAAUUCGGUACUAAGAAACCUAAACCUGAAAUUUUCCCAAUUUUUUGAUAGUAAAUAAGCCUGGGCCCAGAAAAUCUUGGAUUUUUGAUACUAAUUGAGCUCUAUAGCGAAAAUUUGCAAUUUUUUGAGAUAAAAAAUGUCACAGAAGCUCCUGGAGCAAAAAUUAUCGAUUUUUUGAUAGUAAAUAAGCCCACGCUUGAAAAUCUGGGAUUUUUUUGAUACCAAAUGAGCUCUAGGGCUGAAAAAUCAUGAAAAUUCGAUUUUUGAGGUCAAAAUUCGAUAUUACGAAGCCUGAGCCUGAAAUUUUGAUACUAAAUAAGCCUAAGUCUGAAAUUUUCGAUUUUUUGAUACCAAACAAGCUCUAGGGCUGAAAAAUCAUGAAAAAUCGAUUUUUGAAGUCAAAAUUCGACAUUAAGAAGCCUAAGACUGAAAUUUUUUGAUUCUAAACAAGGUCUAGGGCUAAAAAAAUCAUGAAAACUCGAUUUUUUAAUGUCCCAGAGGCGAAAAUUGGCCAUUUUUUGAUAUAAGAGUAGCCUAGACCCAGAAAACUUCAAUUUUUGAUACUAAUUGAGCUCUAGAGCGAAAAUUUGCAAUUUUUUGAGAUCAAAAAUGUCACAGAAGCUCCUGGAGCAAAAAUUCUCGAUUUUUUUGAUAGUAAAUAAGCCUGGGCCCAGAAAAUUUGGGAUUUUUUCAUACCAAACAAGCUUUAGGGCUAGAAUAUCAUGAAAAUUCGAUAUUAAGAGACCUAAGCCUGAAAUUUCCCGAAUUUUUGAUACUAAAUAUGCUCUAGGCCUGGAAAAUCUGGGCUUUGUUAUACUAAAAAUGCCCCGGAGGCUUUUUAGGGCAAACAAUUUGGAGUUUUCUGAUACUAAAUAAGCCUACGCCUGAAAUUUUCCAAUUUUUUGAUACCAAAUAAGCCUAGGCCCCAAAAAUCUGGGAUUUUUUGAUACUAAAAAUGUCCUGGAGGCUUUUGGGGCCGAAAUUUGGGUUUUUCUGAUACUAGAUAAGCCUACGCCUGAAAUUUUCCAAUUUUUUGAUACCAAAUAAGCCUAGGCCCCAAAAAUCUGGGAUUUUUUGAUACUAAAAAUGUCCUGGAGGCUUUUGGGGCCGAAAUUUGGGUUUUUCUGAUACUAGAUAAGCCUAGGCCUGAAAUUUUCCAAUUUUUUGAUAUUAAAUGUGCUCUAGGCCUAAAAAUUGGGCUCAGAAUCUUAAAAAUUAAGAAAUUUUCGAACUGCCACGUCAUAGUUCACUUGAACAAAAAUUCUAUAAUUUUUUUCGAAUUUUAUAGACAAUUUUAUGUGAGAAACAGUGAUUUUUAUGACGUGGCUUUGAUUUUUGAAAUGAAAAAUCCACCAAAAUUUAUUUUUUCAUGAAAAAUUCAAAUUCUAAAGAAAAAACCAUGAAAUUCUGAGAAUUUCCCAAAUUUUAAAGGAUCAUACAGUAAUUCUGGUGUUUUAGAAGUACUGUAUGCACCUUUGAAAAAUCAAUAUUCCACAGUAAUCUAGGCUUCUAUGACCAUUUAGGGAUCUUAAAGGAUCCUGAAAAUUUACUAGGAUUACUGUAUGACCCUUUAAAUUCUUCUACAGUAAUCUAGGCGAAACCCUACAGUAAUCCAAAUAUUUUUGAUUACUGUAUGCACCUUUGAAGCCUACAGUACCCGAAAAUUUCCUAUUUUUACAGUCGGCUUUCAACAUGACAAUACAAAUCCAGCCUCCCAAAUCGCAUCCUCAUCAUCCGCUUCCGCAUCCGUCUCCGCUUCCGCCUCCACCGCCACCCGCUGCCUCGUCUGCGAACACCCCGACGGCGGAAGUGCACACUUCGGCAGCACAUCCUGCCUCGCAUGCGCCGCCUUCUUCCGGCGAACCGUCUCGCUAAACAUCCAAUUUGUAUGCAAAAAAGAUCGGAAUUGUGUGAUAUUUCACGAACUUCGAAUGAUUUGUCGAAGUUGUCGAUUUGAUAAAUGUAUUACGGCUGGAAUGAAACGGGAAUGUGUUCAGAAACGAAGAUCGAAUAAGAAGAUUCCCAAGAAACAUAUGCAUGGAUUGAUUGGUACUUCGAAUCUGAAUUCAAAUCUGAAUCCAAAUCCAAAUUCAGGAAUAAAUUUCAAUUCAAUGAAUCUGAGCCCAAACACGCUGGAAAAUGCGAUAAAACCGUUCCUCAAACAAGAAAUGAUUGAUAUUGAUUAUGGAAAUGUGGAAGACGGGAUGGGACAGAUGGUCGAUUCACCAUUCUCACUCAAAACUCCAAAUUCCGAAGAGGCUUCUCCUGGAUGUUUGUCUGAGGAAACAAUGGCCCCACCGCAGAUUCUACAGCAACCGAAAUUUGAGGAAGUCGCGACGCAGAUGCCAUCCACGAGUUCGGCGAAUAUUGUGACGAUUGCUGGGAUUUUGGCGGGGAAUUUUGGGGGAGUUGUUGAACCGACGAAUAUUAUUACGAGUAUUCCGAUUAGACGUGGGUUUUUUUUGGGGGAAUUUUGGGAGCUUAAGGGAGUUUUGGAAACUUCGGAAGACCUUAGGAGCUUAGAAACUCGAAGAACAUUUUUUUGGGGAUUUUUUAAAGAAAAUUAGGAGCUUUAGAAGAUAUUAAGGGAGUUUAGGAACCUUCUGAAGCUUCUUAAUGAGCUUUCAUAAAUUUAAGGAGCUUUGGAAGAAGACCUUAAGAGCUUAGAAACUCCAAGGACCUUUUUAGGGGGAAAUUUAGGAUUUUAUACAGAAAAUUUGGCACGAAAAAUUCAAAUUUGAGUUUUUUCGCUCUGAAAAAUCCACGUGGCUAGAUUUGCGCAAAAAAAACAGUGUUUGAAUUUUUUAAAAAUUCGAAUUUCAAAUUUUCGCGCUUAAAAAUCCACGUGGCAAAAUUUGCGCGAAAAAUUCAAAUUUGAAAAAAAAUUCUGAAUUUUUUCACUGUUUCAACAAUUUAAUAUGCAUUUUUGAGGAUUUUUGAAAUUUGAUCGAUUGGUUGAAAACAAUUGAAAAUUUAAAUUUCACAAGGGAACCUUUUUUACUCAACACUUCAAAUCAUGAUGAAAUUUUGUCCAGAGACAGCUUUUGGGGCCAUAAGAACACCCUAAAAAUCUUAGUUACCCAAUGGACCUCUGAGCCAAGUUCUGGGCUCUCAAAAGUUCAAAAAUUGCCAAAAUUGGCUCAUAAAACACGUCUUAACUCAAUUCUCGAUCAAUUUUAUGAAAAACUGAGUAGCAGAUGAUGAUCAGCGUGGUCGAUUUACCCAAAAAACAUCAAUAAAUCGAAUUUUCAGAAAAAUUUUUGAUUUUGAAAAAAAGAAUGAGCAGGGGCACAUAUGAAUUUUCAUGAAUUUUCAGCCGAAAAAUAAAAAACUUCAAAAUUUUUCGAAAAAAUGUUUUUUAUUGAUUUACUUUUAGGUAAUCGACUAUGCUGAUCAAUAUCUGAAACUUUAUUUCUCCCAAAAAAAUUUUUGAAAUGAAGCUAUGAUGACUUUUAUGACCAUUUUUAGGCCUUUUUUGAGUUUUUGAGAGCCCAGAACUUGGCUCAUAGGUCCAUUGGGUAACUUAAAUUUUUAGGGUGUUCUUAUGACCCCAAAAGCUGUCUCUGGACAAAAUUUCAUCAAGGUUUGAAGUGUUGAGUAAAAAAGGUUCCCUUGUCAGAUUUUUUUUUCUCAAAAUUUGAACCUGAAAAUCAGAUUCUUCUCAAAAUUUUAAUCUAGAAAAGUUUAUUUUUGGACCGAAAUUUUUUUUCAAAAAAUGUCACUGUUUCAAAAAUUUUAUAAUUAAUUUUGAGGAUUUUUGAAAAUUGAUUCUUGCUAAAAUUUUAAAUUUCAGAAUUUUUCUCACUAAAAAUAUUGACCUGAAAUUCAAAUUCUUCUCAGAAUUUCAAUCAAGAAAAAUUUAUUUUUGGGCCGAAAUUUUUCAGAAAAAUGUCACUGUUUCAAAAAUUUUAUAAUCAAUUUUGAGGAUUUUUGAAAAUUGAUGACUCAACAAAACCAAAAUUGAAUUUUCAGAAUUUUUUUCUCAAAAUUUGAACCUGAAAUUCAGAUUCUUCUCAAAAUUUUAAUCUAGAAAAAUUGAUUUUUGGGCCGAAAUUCAAAAAAAAAAUUUCGCUGUUUCAACAAUUUCAUAUUAUUUUUAAGGUUUUUUGAAAAUUGAUUUAAAUUUUUCAAACUUUUCUCAAAAAUUGAACCUGAAAUUCAGAUUCUGCUCAAAGUUUUAACCUAGAAAAAUUUAUUUUUGGGCCGAAAUUUUUUUUUUUAAAUUUUCACUGUUUCAACAAUUUUAUAUUCAAUUUUGAGGGUUUUUGAAAAUUGAUGACUAGAUUCAGACUCCACAAUUGAAAUUUUUGAAACUCCUCAGAAAUUUGAACCUGAAAUUCAGAUUUGUUGUAUUCCUGCGAUUUUACUCACAGGAAUAACUAUUUAAUCCAUUUCAAAUAUUCUAAGGGUUUGAAGGCCCUUUUGAUAACCGAUGAGCGAGCGCAAUAAAUAACAUUAUUUAUUAGAAGAAAAAGAAUAAUACAUAAAAUAGAAAACAGAAAAAUGACCCAAAUAGGUCUAAAACCUAAGUGGCCAAAACGGCCUUACAUUCGUAGUCAGCCCGAGGCUGAGCUACCCGAAAACUCCACACCCAAAACACACGUAGCUGAAGCGCCCGUGUUUGCUGGUAUACGGUAAGCGUCGGUGUUUGCGGACUUGCGGCGCUUACAGUAAUCCACACAACUAAUUGUCUCAAGCGCGACGACUUCCAUUCAGCAAAUCUUCCUCAUCACAACAAGAUUCUUCUCAAAAUUUUAAAGCAACACCCUCGUAUAAUAGGCACUUUCUUGAAAAAAGUCCAAAUGUUCUCAAAUCUUAGAUUUAGCUUAGUUUUACUGUUUUCUAUUUCGGAGAAAAAAUUCAAAACGUUUGAAUAAGUAGUCGACGAAAUAUGGAAGCCCAUUGAAAAACUGAAAAAACUCAAAUUCAAACAACGCGGGCUAGCGUCAACGCGGAUUCUCGUUGUUUUCUUUUUAUUUUUUUGCAAUUUUUUUUCCAUUUUUUCGGAAAAUGACAAUUUGCAUGGAAAAAACUGUUUUCUGGGUAUGAAAAAAAUAAAGUGAAGAAGUAUAAACACUAAGAUUCAAUAUUUCAGACGAAAACUAAAUUUUUCAAUGGAAAUUGUGUUUUUUUUAGUUUUUGACCAGAAUAUGCAAUGCGAAACUGAAAUAUCGUUGUCAAAAUGAAAGUAGAGAUAGCUAAGGAUGUUCUGAAAUCAUUGUUAUAAAUUAUUUCAUUUUUUUCAGUGAAACAAUUCACUUUUUGUGGAAAAAAAGUUGAAAGGGGUACUGUAGCACACAAUUGUCGUCACAGUGUUUGCACAAUUUCAUGAAAUUGCGGAUCUGCACAAUCUGCAGGCGAUUUUCAAAAAAAAAUAAUUUUUUUUCUCAAAAGUGGUCAAAUCUGAUCGUUUUUGAGUAUUUCUUUUUCAUAUUUCUUGUGAGCAUAGCUGGAUAGGUUAAUUUUAUAUAUUUUGGUGUUUGAAUGCAUUCCGCAAUGACCUUAUUAUACGAGGGUGUUGCUUUAACCUAGAAAGGUUUAUUUUUGGGCCGAAAUUUUUCAAAAAAAAAAUUUACUGUUUCAACAAUUUUAUAUUCAAUUUUGAAGAUUUUUGAACAUUGAUUAUUUAAAAAAUGAAUGUGCAGAAUUUUUUCUCAACAAUUCGAUCUGAAAUUCAGAUUCUUCUCAAAAUUUUAAUCUAGAAAAAUUGAUUUUUGAGCCGAAAUUUAAAAAAAAAUUUCAAUGUUUCAACAAAUUUAUAUUAUGGGGUGAUUCAUAAAAAUAAAUUGACAAAAAAAGUGCGAUUAAUUUCACGUUUUUUGUCAAUUAAUCGCAUUCAUUUCUGAAAAAAUGCGAUUAAUUGACAAAAAACGUGAAAUUAAUCGCACUUUUUUUGUCAAUUUAUUUUUAUGAAUCACCCCAUUAUAUUUUGAAGAUCUUUGAACAUUUAUUCUUGUUGGGAAAAAUAUAAAGAUUUAAUUUUCAGAAUUUUUCUCAAAAUUUGGACCUGAAAUUCAAAUUCUUUUCAAAAUUUCAAUCUAGAAAUGUUUAUUUUUGGACCGAAAUUUUUGUAAAAAAAAAUUCACUGUUUCAACAAUUUCAUAUUAUUUUUAAAGAUUUUUUGAAAAUUGAUUCUUGCUAAAAAUUUAAUUUUCAGAUUUUUCUCCUCAAAUUUGAACCUGAAAUUCAGAUUCUUCUCAAAAUUUAUUUUUGGAUUUUUGGACCGGAAAUUUUUCAAAAAAAAAAAUUCACUGUUUCAAAAAUUUUAUAUUUGAAGAUUUUUGAAAAUUGAUUAUUUCAUGGGAAAAAAUUCAAACUUUAAUUUUCAGAAUUUUUUCUCAAAAUUCGGACCUGAAAUUCAGAUUCUAAUCGAAAUUUUAACCUGGAAAAGUUAAUUUUUGGAAUUUUUUGGAGCCUAAUUUUUUUCACUGUUUCAACAAAUUUAUAUUCAAUUUUUAAGAUUUUUGAAAAUUGAUGGUGACUCGGAAAAAUACUGAUUUGAAUUUUCAGAUUAUUCUCCUCAAAUUUGAACCUGAAAUUCAGAUUCUUCUCAAAAUUUCAAUUCAGAAAAGUUUAUUUUUGGACCGAAAUUUUUUUUUUGAAAAAAUGUCACUGUUUCAACAAUAUUAUAUUAUUUUUGAAGAUUUUUGAAAGUUGAUGGUGACUCGAAAAAAUACGGAUUUCAAUUUUCAGAAAUUUUUUCAAAAUUUGGACCUGAAAUUCGAAUUCUACUCAAAAUUUUAAUCAAGAAAAACUAAUUUUUGGGCCGAAAUUAAAAAAAAAAUUUCACUGUUUCAACAAUUUUAUAUUAAAUUUUGAGGAUUUUUGAAAAUUGAUUCUUGCGAAAAAGGUUGAAACUUUAAAUUUCAGAAUUAAAAAAAAAUCCUACUUCUAAUUAUAAGGUCCCUAAAGAUCCCAAAAACCUUCCUUUUUUCUAAAAUUCAUAAUUUUCAUCUAAAAAAAGUACCUUAAGGUUCCUAAAAACUUCAAGAACUCCAAAAAUCUUCCUUCCUAAGCUCCUUAACUGAAUUUUUCGCGCCAAAAUUUGACCUUAAGCUUCUUAUGAGAAGAAAAGUCCCUAAGGUACCUAAUAAGCUGAAAAUCCCUAAAAAUCCUCUUAAGCUUCUAAAGAAGUUCCCCAACUCCAAUAUUUCCGUUUCCAGCCAUCACACCACGUUCCGUCAUUCUGAAACAAAUCAACAUGAAUGGUCCCGAUCUCCUACGAUUUUAUGUUGAUAAUUUGAACCAUUCAAUGGAUCGAAGGCGAAUGAUAUUCACCGAAACACCAUUAUUAGCUGUUGUUGAGGAUCGAGGAGAUGUGGUAAGUCUGAAAUUGAAAUUCUCACUGAAAAUUUAUAUUUUUUUAUUUUUAGAGUUUCCAAAAUAAUCGUAGAUAAGUUUGAUUUCAACUAACUGUUUUUUGACUAACUAACUUUAGCUAACUUCUUCUUCCAAAAAAAAUAAAAUUUAAAAAAAAAAUAAUUUUUUGCAGCCAUUUCCUAGCGAAAAUCCACCACCACAUUCGCUCAAACGACAAUUUCAAUCGCAAAAAUUCGACAAUUUGUUGGCUUUUGAUUUUUGCAAAUCGUGUCCGGGAUUUGAUUUGUUGGAUCGAGCGGAGAAGGUGAUUUUUGGAAUUUUUGAAAAUUUGAAUUGCUCAGAUUAG